CAUUCUUUAGCUCCUUCUUCUCUGCGCAGUCGCCUUUCUACUUCCUCAUCGACCCUCUGUUCAGUCGUCGCCUUCGCCGUCGAGUGAACUUCUGGCCGGCGCCACACUUGCUUUUUCUCAUCGCCUCGUUUCUUAUCUUCUUUCGCAGUGGGACGAGGAUACCAGUAUGUAAGCAGCAAAAUUUUUGGCUCCUACAACCUUCAUUGAAUAACUUUCCAGUAUGAAUUUUUUGGAGAUAUCUGUGUACCUUCCUCAAAGCUCAAGCAUAAUGAAGCAAUGGAAAGUCAGAUUAUCGGCGAUGGUGCUCCUAUUCGCUGCUUAUUCGACAAUUUCCGCAACUGUGAUUUCUUUGAUUAAACUGAGAAGGGCCACGAGUGGCGCGUGGAGGAGUCCCUGAGGCAUAAUGGCAUAGGUCAACUGUCUCCUUUGGGAGGGGAGAGAUGGUGUUCAAAACUAGAAGAGGUAGUGAAAAUGUCGGUGAUUCUAUAAAGCCAGUGGGAAAUGACACAUGGCCACAAUCGGAUCCCAUACAUAAACAAAUGGGGUAGGGCGAGCCCAUACAGCCACAACCAGAGCAGGAGGAGCUAACCAUGAGGCAGAUGAUGGAUCUGUUGCGGGAUCUUAGUGACUGCAUGAAGAGGCAAGAAGAAGAAUUGGCCGCUUUAAGGCAACAGAAGGAACAUGCCAACCAAGAGGGAAAUGGCCAACAAGAAGGAAGCCAUACCAAGGUAUACAAUGUGAGCUAAUCUAUUGGUGAAGGCUUACCUUCCUAUUCUCACCAUGAGACUAGUUCGAAAAAUGAGAGUCUGCACUUUAAUCAACAGACAUCCACGAUCACAAAGCAGACAUCCACGAUCACAAAGAUUUGGAGUACUUUUCGUAAGUUCAAUCCUCCUACUUUCGAUGGGAAUCUUAAGCCAACGGUGGUUGAAGAAUGGAUAGAUCGAUUGGAGAGUAUUUUUAGUAUGGUUGUGGCGAUAUUCUUGCUACAGAAGGGUGCUAAGAAGUGAUGGGAGACAGCAGGAUCGAAGGAUGAUUCCUCUCUCACUUGGGAAGAUUUUAAAGUCAUAUUGUUUGAGAAUUAUUUUCCUACUGCACUGAGAGCAGAAAAGCAGGCUGAGUUUCAUGUGUUUCGUCAGGGUGAUCUAGAUGAGGUUGAAUUUAUUGAAUAAUUUGCAGAAUUAUCUAAAUACUCCACUUACCUCCAGAAACAUGAAGACACAGAGUGGAUGGCUGAACGAUUGCUAGAGAAGGUGAGGCUUGAUCUAAGGGAACAGUUAGCCCCUCUUGAGAUCAAAACAUUUAGUAAGAUGUGCAAUAAGCUUCGGAUAGUCUUCCGGAGGAACAAUUUGGAGGCUUUGGAAAUCAGAAGAAGAAGAGCUACUACCAUAAGGGUCAGAGCUACAGAGGAAAAUAGAGUAGGAGUCAGGGGCCCUACAAGAGCCCAUCUACCUCUACUCCUACUUCUGGCGCUGCUAGUAACCAAGCAUGCAGUAAGUGUAGGAGGUUUCAUUUUGGUCAUUGUUGGGUUUGUUACAUCUACCAGAAGCCUGGUCAUAUUGCUCGAUUCUGCCAUCAGAACAAGAACAAGGGUAAUGAUUAAAGACCUACAGUGCCAGCACGAGUGUAUGCCUUUUUCGAGUUGGAGGCUACUAACAAUCCUAACGCUAUCCGAGGAGAAGAGCCACGAGUGGCGCGUAGAGGAGUCCCUAAGGCAUAGUGACAUAGGUCCACUGUCUCCUUUGGAAAGGAGUAGAUGAAAAGGGAAGCAUCGAAGAAAUUAAAAGAGAAAGGCAAGUCAAGUGUUGAAGUUGAGGAAGAUGACCAGGUGGGAUAUGAUAGUGAAGACAAGCUGGCCUUUGAGUUCGAAGAACAAGACAAGGUAGAUUUUGAGUUUGAAAAAGAUGGAAAAGAAGAAGAUGGAGGUGAUGGAGAAGGUGAAGAUAGAGGAGAUGAAGAAGAAGAAGAUAAAGGAGAAGACGAAGAAGAUGAUGAUGAAAAGGAAGGUAGAGGUGAUGAAGGAAGAGGAGGAGAAGAAGAACAAAUUGAUGAUUUGUCAUCUCUAAUUCAUGUGUCUUCCCAAGAAGAGGGCAAAGAGGAAAAAUUAGAGGAGGAAUUUAAGGAAGAUGAUAGUAAAUGAUAACCUAGGAGAUCUAUAAGAACAAAAAUGCCAACUAUUAGGUCUCCUUAACUUAUAUUGAAGCUGGUGAAUAGGAUGAAGAAGAAGGUUGAUGAAAAACGAAAAUUGUUUUCAAUUGUAUCACACAUGUGUAAAAGGGAGGAAAGUGGCGAGUAAGUAGUCUUUGUUGCCUAAUUUUUCAUUCAUUUCCGACAGUUUAAGAGAAUUUAUUUAUUAUUCCCUAUUUCAAGAUCUUGGUUGAAAUGUAUGAUCAAUAUUUCACUCGUGAUGAAUUUUGAUGUUUGAGGAAUACAGUGGA